CACACAGCAGGCAGCAGCGGACAGAGAUAGCUGUAGAGAGAGCAGUAGUCAGUGGCCAGCAGGAGAGUGGGUGACACACAAACACCGUCAGCGAUCACGCGGAAGAGAGAGAACCCGCUCAACACGUUCGCAGCAGAAACACGGCAAGACAGGGCUGUCCGCUCCACAUCUCACAUUCAUGGCGUUGUGCAACGGGGACAGCAAGCUGGACAUCGUCGGAGAGACUAAAGAUGGUUUAUGUUCUUAUGAGGGUGCUGUGGUGAUCCUGGAUGCAGGAGCACAGUAUGGCAAAGUGAUUGACAGACGGGUACGAGAGAUGUUUGUCCAGUCUGAGAUUCUGCCUUUGGAGACACCCGCCUUCGCCAUCAGAGAACAGGGUUUCAGAGCCAUUAUAAUAUCUGGAGGGCCGAACUCUGUCUAUGCCGAAGACGCACCCUGGUUUGAUCCUGCCAUUUUCACCAUCGGAAAACCAGUUCUUGGAAUCUGCUAUGGAAUGCAGAUGAUGAAUAAAGUGUUUGGCGGUACGGUGCACAGGAAGAGUGUGAGGGAGGAUGGGGUUUUCAACAUUGCGUUGGACAAUUCCUGCUCGCUCUUUAGGGGGCUACAAAAGGAGGAGCACGUUCUACUGACACAUGGAGACAGUGUCGACAAAGUAGCAGAUGGAUUCAAAAUUGUUGCACAGUCCGGAAACAUAGUUGCAGGCAUCGCUAAUGAACAGAAGAAACUUUAUGGCACUCAGUUUCAUCCAGAGGUUGAUCUGACAGAGAAAGGAAUGGACAUGCUGCGCAACUUCCUGUUUGAGAUUGCAGGCUGCAGCAGUAACUUCACUGUCCAGAACCGUCAGAUCAGCUGCAUCAGAGAGAUCCAAGAGAAGGUGGACAAAUCGAAAGUCCUGGUUUUAUUGAGUGGCGGUGUGGAUUCCACUGUUUGCACUGCCCUGCUGAACAAAGCCCUCAAUCAGGAGCAAGUGAUUGCCGUUCACAUCGACAAUGGCUUCAUGAGAAAGAGAGAGAGUCAGAGUGUUGAGGAAGCACUGACUAAACUCGGCAUUAAACUCAAAGUGGUAAACGCAGCACACACUUUUUACAAUGGCACAACGACUCUGCCAAUUUCAGAAGAGGACCGCACACCCAGGAAACGCAUCAGCAAAACACUCAACAUGACCACCAAUCCAGAAGAGAAGCGAAAGAUCAUCGGGGAUACGUUUGUAAAAGUGGCGAACGAGGUGAUUGGAGAGAUGAAUCUGAAGCCAGAAGAUGUGUAUCUGGCACAGGGAACGCUCAGGCCAGACCUCAUCGAAAGCGCAUCUCACCUUGCUAGUGGGAAGGCAGAAGUUAUCAAAACACACCACAAUGACACAGAGCUUAUCCGCAAGCUCAGAGACGAGGGGAAAGUAAUCGAACCGCUGAAGGAUUUCCAUAAGGAUGAAGUGAGAGCACUCGGUCGAGAGCUGGGACUUCCUGAAGAGAUCGUCUCAAGACAUCCUUUCCCUGGUCCUGGUCUGGCCAUUAGAGUUAUCUGUGCUGAUGAGCCUUACGUCUGUAAAGACUUUGCUGAGACUAACAACAUCCUGAAAAUCAUCACAGACUUUUCUGCCAGUGUCAAAAAGCCUCACACCCUUCUUCAGAGAGUGAAGUCAUGCAUAUCAGACGAGGAGGAAGAGAAACUCAUGCAGAUCACCAGCCUUCAUUCACUAAAUGCCUUUCUACUGCCAAUCAAAACCGUCGGUGUCCAGGGAGACUCGCGAUCAUACAGUUAUGUUUGUGGAGUGAGCAGUAAAGAGGCUCCUCACUGGGAUUCUCUGAUGUUCCUGGCCAGACUCAUCCCUCGCAUCUGUCAUUCCAUCAACAGAGUUGUUUACGUCUUCGGUUCACAUGUAAAGGAACCGCCCACGGACAUCACGCCCACCUUCCUGACCACUGGUGUACUGAGCACACUGCGACAGGCAGACUUUGUUGCACACUCCAUUUUAAGAGAGUCCGGCUACUCGAGUAAGAUCAGUCAGAUGCCAGUCAUCCUCACACCGCUGCACUUUGACCGUGACCCGCUGCAGAAACAACCAUCUUGCAGACGCUCCGUCGUCAUCAGAACCUUCAUCACCAGCGACUUCAUGACCGGCAUCGCUGCUACUCCAGACAACCAGAUCCCAGAGGAGGUGGUUCUCAAGAUGGUGAACGAGAUAAAGAAAAUCCCCGGCAUCUCUCGGGUGAUGUAUGACCUGACGUCCAAACCACCGGGAACCACCGAGUGGGAGUAGAGCAGUGGACUCUUGGACACUUUGAUUUCUCCUCGUCGACUCCUCUUCUACCUCCCCCUUUCCCAGUACUGCUACAUUCCCCCCCAAAUCCCCUUUUCUCCUCUCCUGUGCACACCCCCUCACCUCCUUUAGGCUCACCAGCCUGUCAUUGUCCCGCUGAGACCGGAACAUUCCCUACAACGGCAGGUUGUACUGUGAUCAGCGCUAAACUGAUGAUGCUACUUCAGUUGGGCCUCAUUAUCUGGGGUCGGUUGUAAUAUUGGUAUUAUGUUGUUGUCAUUGUUAUUAUUAUCAUCACUGAUGAUGAUGAUGAUGAUGAUGAUGAUAAUGAUAAUGAUACACUGACUUUUUUUGUAUCAGCUGUCUGUGUUUAUUGCAUUGUGACUGGUCACUCCUCCAAACUUUCUGUUGUAGCCACCGAAGGUCUAAGGUCAUAUUAGGGCAGUCAACUGUCCACGGGCAGCAUGACACCAACUAAACAGCUUCUAUUUUUUUUCUUUUUUUACGUCCACCAGUAUAAGGAUGAAGUUUGGAGUUGUGCUGCUUUCUGCCUUUUUAAGAUAAGCUUGAUUUAACUAACCCAGUGUUGAGUUCUGUUUGGAUUGCUCGCUCUGAAAUUUGCUUUGGAAGUGGAAGAACUAGCAGUCGUAGCUCCUUAAAUCAUGACCAAUCCAUGUUUAUUUGCCAAAUCCAGAGAAGAGUUGAGUGUUUCGUGAUUGGCGCUCUUAUGCAGUGACAGGUUGGUUUGUCGCAGAGGUUUUGCUGUGAAGGAAACUCCUAAAAUCAGGAGUCUUCCUGAAAUUUUGUGCCUGUUUUAACUUUCGUUUUGGUUACUUUGUUUUUUCAGGGAUGCGACUUCAUUUUAUGCUGCAUUUUGUUUAAGAAGAGGAUUAUUGAGAUUUGAAUAGUGAGAAUAAAUAUGUGAAUAUCUGCAUUUUACACCACCGUCAUGGCUGAGUUUGCCUGCUCUGGUCUUACAAACAUGGAAGAUCAACAGUGUACUUAUUUUCACCAAUAAAGGCCUUGGUAUUUUU